AUUAAUAAGGGUUUAUAAAAACUUUAUGAAAGCCUUAUAAAAUAAUUUAUAAUGGUUUGUAUAAUAAUAUAUAAGGGUUUACAAGAGUAUGUAAAUAUUUUAUAAGGGUUUAUAAAAAUAGUUUAUAAAGUUUAUACACCAUAAUAAAGGAUUAUAAAAUAAUUUAUAAAAGUAUGUAAAAUUUCUGAAGCGGUGGAGUCUUGCUUGCUGUCCUCAUGUGCCUCACAAUCUGCCACGUAUCAUCAUCUCUUUACAAAAGUAUAUAACUAUUUAUACAGGUUUAUAAAACUAUUUAAAAGGGUGUAUUAAACUAUUUACAAAAACAUAUAAGCUAUUUAUAAGUCUAUUGUUAAAAGUACAACUCGACGAUUUAUAAGUUUUUAUUAAGAAGUUUUUAAACAAGAGUUGAUUGUAUAUGUCUAUACAAAACACAUAAAUGUUUGAACUUGAGAAGUCUUGUGAGGAAUGCUAGGCAGAAUGAGUGUAAGAAACUCAAAGUGAUUUAUAAGCGUUUAUAAAUUUAUUUACAAUGGCUUAUAAGGUAAUUUUUCUAAAAUCCCUCCAAAAGACAAUCAACACAAAAAAGACAUAUCUGGUGAAAGAGCCACGUCCUUCAACAAGGGAUAUAUUGCUUUAACAUAGUCUGAGAACAUCAAGGCUUCUCCAUAUCUCACUCUUCUAUAAAAGAAACAAUUGAAACCAAACUCACUUACAUGUCCAACUAAUAUCUUCAACUAUGCAACUACUAAAAGAGAGAUACAAUUGUUUUAGUAUAAGAGAUGUCUAAAUAAGAUGAGAGAGAAGAAUGUACUAAGAAGCCAACUCUGCAACGUUUAUAAAUCGUUAUAAAUAUGUAAUUCUUUGAUAGCACAAACCACAUUCUUCUUCAGAGUCUCUCUUACCUCUUCAAACAGCUCACCAACCUCGUAAAUUUUCAAAAUCUGAACAAAAGCCAGUCACAUAUUAUUUCUACGCAUCAGCAUUCACUUCCAAAAAUAAGAUUCAAAAAUAGUAUGCUUUCGUAACUCAACAAACUCAUCAUUCAUCUCCACUGCUUCUGUAGAUAUUAUACACAAAACAAGACAUAAAAAAUAAACUCACAAAGUAUAAAUAGAACGUUACACUACCAAAACACCAACGUUCCACCUCAUAUACUGCACAUACUAAAACAUUGCUAGUCAAACUACAAAUAGUAGCAUUGUAUUACCUUAAGGAAGUGAGAUACUUAGAUAUGCAUAUCACAAUACACAUUUGUAAUUCUCUGCAACAUCACCAAAUCAACCAAGAGAAGAAGUAAUCAUAGAAUAAUUAUACUCUUAGGUUAGUACCUUCUCAUGAAUUAAAUAAUUAUAUAAAUCUGAAAACUAUGACAAUAAAUCAACCAAAUCAAUAAUUGUACUCUUACGUUAAGCUUUGUGUCUUUUGAUUGCUAACAGAUCAACAGUAAGAUUUGAAAGGACCCAAUUUAUAAGAUCUUAUAAAUUUGAGAUCUGAAAACUUCACUUGAAAAACUUCGUCUUCUUUCUUAGAAACAUAUCGAUUUUGAUAAAUCAAGCUAAGAUUACAAAAAGAGGCAAAAAUCACCAUAUACUAUCAUCUUACCUUUGUUAGUGUUUCUUAGGCGUUGGGAGAGAGAUCGUCUCGUUCGUCUGAGCUUGUCGAGUCUGUCAGCUUUGCCGGAGAACUUCUCGGCAUGCGAUUUGUGACGAACGUGACCGAUUUAGCAUCGGAGGAUUACUACGACUACAUAAUGCCGGCGGAGGAACGGCGGGAUGUCCACUCGCCGCCACGCUCUCCCAAUCCGGUCGAGUUCGUCGGAGAUCGUCGAGUUCGCCGGAGAUCGCCAAGUUCGCCGGAGAUCGCCGAAUUCGCCGGAGAUCGCCGAGUUUGUCGGAGAUCUCGUUGGAGCUCGUCUCAAUUUGAUCUCAUUUUCAUCUCGUGACAGACAUUUGGAGAAGAAUAGAUCUAGGUUAAAUUAAUGAAAUGAGGGGUAUAAUGGUACUUUAGCCAUUAAAAUUUUAAUGGUAAAUUUGAAAAGUGUAAAGUUGAAAAGUGGUAUUAGGAAAGUGGUAUUAAUGGCAAUUCCCCAAGAAAUCCUAAAUAUUAUGUUUUUAAAAGAUGAUUAUUUUGUUUUAACAUCAAAAUUCUUCUUUUGGGAACUUUCCUUUUUAUGAAAUCACAUUAUAUAUAAAAUAUAUUUUCAUUCUCAUAUAUUUAUAAUAUAUAAUUUCAUAAAAUAAGUUUUCUUCCUUUUUGUAAAUAUACUUUUGUAUUAUAUGAAUAUUUCUUUUUAUUAUAUAUGUUAUUGAAAAAUAUAAAAAAAACUAAAAUUAAUAACUUAAUUGACAUAAAUUAUGAAAUAUAUGUUUUAAUAAUGAUAAUUAAAUAUAAUAUUUUAAUUAUUAAAAGUAAUUCUGUAAGUAACCAUCGAAAAAUUAAUGUGUGCAUAACAUGUAAAAAAUUAACUUCUCACAUAAUAUUAUAUAAUAGAAAAAAAAAACUAAAAGUGGAAAUAUAGCAUUUGGUUUCCGCUUUUCUCGGUGUAAUGUGAAAUCGGCGUAAUGUCAAAAGACUAUACUCUUACGGUCUUUGUGUCGUCUUGGGUAAAAGACAAGAAAUGGUGUUGUACCCAAAGACAAUACUAUAGAAGAAAACAAACCUGCUUUAAGAGGAUUAGACUACUGAGAGAGUGAGCCCCGUAAGUAAGUGAAAUACUACAGCAUCGGUCAUUGCACCGAACCAAAAGCUAGGGUCGUGCCUAGUGUUUUGGAAGUCAAUAUGAACGUUUUAAUACUUACGUUUGUUACAAAUGGACUUGAAAAGUCUUAUAGAUAACUGUUUACAAAUAUACCAACUGAAAAUUUCUAAAUUAAGGACCUCAAUAAUUCUAUAAUAUUACCAAGCAAACGCAAAUGCUUUAUCACAUAGUUCUAGCCCUACACAGAUGACAGAGCAGUGUUCAGCAAUAAGUAGUAAAAAAUAAAAAGAAUUGUCAAAACAUAUCUUAUGUCUAUUUAUCGCAUAGUUCCCUGACGACCCCGACUGUCAAAACAUUUUCAGUUCACUUCUACUUUUGUCUCUAUAAUAGUAUUUAGAAGUAAAAUCACUUUAACUCAUUUCUAUUUUUACUUCUAAACAUAGAUUACUAAUUUUUUUCUUAUAUUUAUAAAGCAAGAAAUAUCAUUAUUUUAUAUUUUAAUUUCGGAAAUCUCUAUUUUAGAAAAAUACAGCAGAGCAAAACACAUAUCUAUUAUAGAGUUCUUUUAUUUUAGAAAUAAAAAUAGGAUAAUACAUUGGAAAUUGUUUUAUGAAACAUUAAAAAAAAGUUGGAAACAACUUUCCUUCAAGUGUACUUUUCCUUUUCUAAUUUAAAUUUCGUAUAAAUUGUUAAUUUUAGGUAAUGUAUUCUAUGUGAAAUUCAGAGUUCUUUGUAUUGAAAUGAUAAAUUUUUUGUCAAACAUGUUUUUUUUUUCUAACAGAAAAAUCAAUUAAAAUUUAGUGCUGUUGAAUUUCUAAGUUUAAGAUAAAUUUUAAAAUUCACUGUAAACAUAACUAUGUCAAUUAGUAGUGGAGUUUAAGAGAUUCGUGGUGGUUUAAAAUAUCUUUCAAUAUUUUGUUGAAGUUCCUUAGUUAAAAAUAUACAAAUCUAAAUCAUAUGGCUAAAGAUGAGAAUUAAUAAUGUUUUAACCAAUUUUAUAAGAAUUUUAUUAAUUCAGUCAAAAUCAUCUAAACCUUCGAUAUAAACAUUACUGCAAAUUUCUUCAAUGUAUAUACUGAAUAUAUCCCCUUACACUAUACGAAUAUGUUAGAGUGCAAUUAGUUAGGUAACUUCAAUGUAUAUGAUUAAUGCUGAGUAGUGGCUAAUGCCGAUAAAUGUAUUUUAUAUGAAAAGAAAAUAUAUAUUAAAUCAUACUUUAUGAGCAUUUUUCCCUUCCUAAUAAGUGAUAUCCGAUUAUCUUGUAUAUGCGUAAUGGAUACAAUAAUCUUUAUAUUUAUUUUGGGUGGGGUUUGAAAUUUUUGUAGAAUACGUUGGUUAUAUAGAAGAUGAAAGGAGUUGAAAGCUCUGCAUAUUACAGGCAUAUGCUUCCUUUAAGCAGUCCACGAAGUUUCACUACUUUAUAACUCUCUCUCUUUCUUUCCAUUCUCCCUUGCAUAGAACAACCCUUCACUAAACCCAUUAUCUUCCUCUAUAUCUUGCACACUUAUUUAGAUACUAAAGAUCUUUCACUUAAUAUUUAUUUUUGAAAGAAAGAUUAUGGACCAGAACAAUGCUCUUCUUACCUGGGCUUACUUCUCUCAUGGAAAGACAAUGGAAGAGCUAAGACAGGCUCUUGUGUACACGACACUGGAGCUAGAACAAACGAAGCUCGUGGCUCAAGAGGAACUAAGGAAGAGAGAUGAACAACUGAUCCAUCUCGAAGAUGUUUUAGCCAAAACCCUCAAAGAAAGAGACGAAGCUCUCGAGAAAUGUAAUAAUCUCAUCUACGACAAUCUCUUGCUUCAACCGCAACAUAACCAGGAUCAUAUCACUCCUCCUUUAUCAGGAGCUUCAAGCAUCGAAGAAGAGCAACUUCAACCGCACCAGCAGAAUCCUAACUCAAACAAAAGCUUUUCGUCUUCAGACACCGAAGAAAGCAUCAUGUCCCCAUCAGUGAUCAAUCCAAACCAAACAUCUCAGGUAGAGAUAAUGGCUACUUUGUUGCUGGAAAAGCCAUUGCCUGAAAAGGGAAGUCUUUUACAAGCUGUUCUCAAGGCAGGUCCAUUGCUUCAGACACUACUCUUGGCUGGUCCCUUGCCUCAAUGGCGCCACCCCCCACCGCCACUUGAGUCCUCUGAGAUCCCUCCAGUCACCCUUCCACCGCUUCUGUUUGAGAGCUCAGUUAUCAACAAUGGCUGUGGGAAUCCAAACAAGAGAAGAGCUUUCUCAAUCUCAGAUGGGUCUUAUUCAGAAACUAAGUACGAGAGUGUUUAACCAGAAAUUCCGCACUCAUCUUUUAUUCUUACUCAGCGAAAAUAGUAAUAGUCUUCUAAUAUACCACAUACAUUUCACUUUUAUUGUAUUAAUUUCACUUAGGGUUAUAGUGAGAGUGGUCUUUUUAGUCAGUUUUAAGUAGAUAGAACUUGAUUUUGUUUUUCUACAUUUGUGGAGUGUGAAUCUGAUCCAUUUAGGGUUUUAGAUCUAGGGUGAUGAUGGGAAUGAACUCCCCUGGUUUAAACUCAAGCUAAAACUAGAGUUUUUUUUACCAAGUGAGAGAGUUUUGCUUUUGUUUUUGUUUCUGUUGCUUAUUGAUUGUUGUUUCCUAACCCAAUUUCACAUCCAUGUUUUGGCUCCAUGAAUGUAAAAUUAUUGGGGUUUUUUAUUAUGUUUUUAUUUUUUACUUCUAUUUGUAAAAUACAAUAUUUGUAAAGCUAGAAUGUUGAAUGUGAUGCAUGUUGGGUGUUUAAUUAAAAGACAAUACUAAGAGAUCUUU